AUGUCGGUGGUUUCUCUGCUCGGUGUCAAGGUUCUGAACAACCCUGCCCCAUUCACGGCACCCUACGAAUUUGAAAUCACAUUCGAAUGCCUUGAGCAACUCCGUGAAGAUCUGGAAUGGAAACUCACCUACGUUGGCUCUGCCACGUCGGCAGAACACGACCAAGAGCUUGACUCUCUCCUCGUCGGACCCAUCCCUAUCGGUGUGAAUAAAUUUAUAUUCGAAGCCGACCCUCCCAACCUAUCCCGCUUGCCACCAUCCGAAAUUCUAGGGGUGACGGUGAUCCUCCUCACCUGCUCCUACGAUGGAAGAGAGUUCGUGCGCGUCGGUUACUACGUGAAUAAUGAGUACGAGGACGAGACAUUGAUUGCCGACCCGCCUGCCAAGCCCGUCAUCGAGAAGAUCCGCCGCAAUGUGCUCGCAGAAAAACCCCGAGUCACCAGAUUCGCCAUCAAAUGGGACUCGGAAGAAUCAGCCCCAGCCGAAUAUCCUCCCGAUCAGCCAGAAGCCGACACCCUCGACGACGAUGGAACCGGCUACGGCGCAGAAGAGGCAGAGAUGCAAGCAGCGCUAGAGAAAGAAUUGGAGGAGACCGAAGCAAGGGUGGCACAAGACGACUCGGCCAAUGGGGACCAAGAAAUGACAGACAGUCAAAAAGUGAAAGAUGAGGAAGAAGAAGCGAGUGAUGCUGAAAGCGAGGAUCUUGAGGAGGAGAGCAGCGAGAGCGAGGACGAUGAGGAAGAUGAGGAGGGCGCAGAGGGUGAGGAUACAGAGAUGGCAGAGGGCGAUGAGAAGUCCGGCGCUGCACCUAGUGCGGCUGCUGCGGGAGCGAAUAGCGAGAAGAAAGGGACAGAGACCAAGCCGGAAGUCAUGGUUCAUUAG